CAACGUUGAAAGACAGAGAGACAAAGAAAAUGUUUGUUGGGGUGAAGGAAUGAAGUGAAGGCGACAUCCUACAUGAAAUUAUCCGUGAUUUUUUUCAUCGACAGAACAUCGAAUGUAGUUUCUCUGAAGCUCCUCGGAUGACAUAGCGUUUGAGGUGCGUUUUACAUGGCUGCAUAGCCGCUUUUCCUGAAUGCCCAAUGAAGGCUGUCGUCAGAGGAAAGCAUUAGAAAUUUACAAAUAAGGCAGCCAUUAAUCGACAGAAAUUACAUCAAAUGCAGUGUCUCCGAAGCUCCUCGGACAUGCCCACCGGAGGCUGUCGUUGGUAGUAAUUAGAAGAAAGCAAUAUAAAUUUACAGAUAAGGCAGCCAGGCUAUGGCAAAAUCCAGCUUGUGUUUAAGCUCCUUUACUGUCAAUUCCCUCCAAUGUUUUCCUUUUAAAGGAUAUGGAACACACACAAAAUAUUAUCUAAGACUAGGAUUAAAAGGCCAUGUAAGACAACGCAGACGGUCUACCCUCGCUGGUAUCGUUGCCAUUUCCUCUGUUGCCUCUUCUGUAAUUGACGCACGAAUUGCUGCUGCCAAGUGUACAGGAAGGUUGGACCUUAGUGAAUGUGGAUUAAGCGAAGUUCCCAAAGAAGUAUUCUAUAUUUUAGAUCUAGAGGACCUUUCACUCUCGGGAAAUAACAUCAGUAUCAUCCCCAAUGAGAUUGGAAACCUUAAAAGGUUGUGUAGACUUGGUUUAGCUGGAAAUAGGCUGGAGGAACUCCCCGCAUCUAUAGGAGAGCUGAAGCAGCUUAGAGGCCUUUGGGUGCAUGGAAAUAUUCUGAAGUAUCUUCCUGAGGAGAUUGGUGAUCUUCCUCAAUUACGCAUUCUAGCUCUCGCAGGGAACAAGCUUAAGAGCCUUCCAAAUGCAGUAAUGGAACUUUCUAAUCUGCAGGUUCUUUCAGUUUGUGGAAAUUGCUUGGAGAAAAUUCCUCUAGGAAUUGGAUGUUUACAAUCUCUGACAUCUCUAGCAUUGCAUGGGAAUCAACUUUGUGAAUUACCGGAAAGUUUAGCUCAUUUGUCAUCCCUACAAGAACUUUGGCUGCAAGGUAAUCGAUUGGAAGCAUUAACACUUGACUGUGGUUCUCUCAAAAUGCUGAAGGAGUUGUCAUUGGCUGACAACAAGAUUUCUUGUAUAUCAGAAUCUAUUGGUGAACUUCAAGCUCUUGAAUCUUUUUGGUUGUAUGGAAAUAUGCUCUCAAAGGUUCCUUGUAACCUUGCAAAUAUGAAAGCACUAUCUAAUUUAUGGCUAGAGGGAAAUAUGUUAGAUUCUGUACAGUUCGAAAAAUUAUUACCAAAUUUCAGUCAUCUAAGAGCUUUGGGUAUAGACAACUCUGUGAAACUUGGAAGAAAUGUGCCAAGUGAUAUGCAAAAAGUCCUUAAGGUUUCAGAGAUUCUUGGAACAGGGGCUGCACCACUAUGCGGUGGUUAUUUCAAGCUAGAGCAUUCUGUGGGGACAGAUCAGGUCCAAAUCAAUACAAACACUGUUGUAGUUGCAUUUGGAAGUGCACCUGGGGUUCCCAACUGGGGUGGAUUAUUGCGCAGAGUGAAGGCAGAAAUGACUGCAAGUAACAUUCUUCCAGCAUUUGACAUAUUGUAUGUGGUUGAUGGUAGACGCUCAUGGUAUACAGAACAUCAAAACAUGAUUAAAAUGCCUUCAAAAAUAAUCCCGAAGCCAUUACAUGAAGAGAACAAUCGAAGGAUCUGUCAGUACUUUUAUAAUGAGCUUGAGGAGGCCUUGAAAAAUUAUAAGGCAAUUUUGAUGUUGGGGGACUCCAUGGGUGCUUCUGCAGCACUCACAUUUUCUUCUUUGGCAACAUCGGUGAUUGCAUUUUGUCCUCAGGUUGACUUAGAAUCAUCAUCAAUCCGUCCUGCGAAAGAUAAACAGUGGAUGAAAGCUUACAAAGACGAUCUCCUCAAAGCAGUAUUAACUACAAAAUCUCGGGUGACUGUACAUUGCGGUAGCUGGUCUCAUGAUAUUCAUCAAGCAAAUUUACUUCCUUCAAACAAGCUGUAUAUAUGGCAGGUAAACAUAGUGACUCAUGGGAUAGAUGAUCAUCGUUUGGCGAAACAAUUGGACAAUCAGGGGAAACUAAUCAAAAUUGUAAAGUCGGAAAUAUUGGCAGGGAUGGAUGCUCAACAAAAUCUGUAAAUUUUUCUUCUUUUACUUUGGGAGGGUAACCAUCUUACAUAUGGAUCAAGUGGUUCAAAGUUUGGUGAGUAUCAAGGGCUUUUACUACUACACUACUCUCACAGGUAUACAACACCAUUAUCGUUGCAUGGACACAAUUUAUGAUCUCCCUCUUAAAAGAGAUGAUGAAGAAUAAAUCCUAAUAGAAAUGAUAAAUUUCUAGUAAAAAUGUUUGAAAUUAUUAUAGCAAAUACUAUUUAUGUUUUUUUUU